UUGCAAGAGAAAAAAAAAUAUGCAGACGUGCAGUUCAUUGCCCUGGGACAUAAUGUUUGAACACGCAAGUGUGGGUUUGUGAAUGCGCGUCAGUGGCGGAUAAAGCACAGAGCAGACCUCCCUGUCAGAAGAUCUUGACUUGCAGAAGAGACCCGCUCACACCUGGAGGACUGAUCAUCAGUAUGAGGCUCCGUGUCGGGGCUGGAGCUUGCUGUCUCCUGCCUGUCCUGGUUCUUCUGACUGUCCGCAAUGUCGACGCAAACCAGCCUCAGGAGAGACGCUACUACAUUGCUGCAGUUGAGAUAGAUUGGAACUACUCUGGCAGUGACACAAACGGUGCUGGUCCCACCUAUAAGAAAAUGGUCUUUCGGGAGUAUGAUAAAGACUUCAGACAGGCUAAGAGUCAUCCAUCCUGGUUAGGUCUCCUUGGGCCCACGCUGAGGGCGGAGGAGGGGGAGACGAUUGUCGUCACUUUCAGAAACAUGGCGAGCAGCUCAUGUAGCAUCCACCCGCAUGGGGUGGCUUACGGGAAACAGUCUGAGGGAGCCCACUACUUUGACAACACAUCACAAAAAGAGAAAGAGGAUGACACAGUAUAUCCCAACAGUGAACAUGUUUACUACUGGGAGGUGACGUCAGAUGUUGCUCCUCAGGAAAAUGACCCCACCUGUCUCACCUACACCUAUAUCUCCCACCAAAAUGUGGUCAUGGACUACAACUCCGGCCUCAUUGGCACUUUGCUCAUUUGCAAGCCAGGCAGUCUAGAUGAGUCGGGGCAGCAGGUUGGCAUCCACCACGAGUUUGUAUUUCUGUUUGGCGUGUUUGAUGAGAACCAGAGCAAAUACGAGCCUAACGGCUAUGCCUCAGACAACCACGUAAAAUACACAAUCAAUGGAUAUACAAAAGGAUCUCUGCCCAAUAUCAGCAUGUGUGCCCAUGCCUCUGUGAGACUACAUCUGGUGGGUAUGAGCUCCGAGUCUGAGGUAUUCUCAGUGCACAUGAACGGGCAGGUGCUGGAGCACACCGGGCAUAAAGUGUCAUCGGUCGGGCUCAUCAGUGGCUCUUCCAUCACCGCCAGCAUGGUGGCUGUCCACACAGGCCGCUGGCUGCUCUCCUCACACACCACCAGGCACAUACAAGCUGGCAUGCAUGCUUUUGUGGAUGUGAUGAACUGUGACGGCUUUGAAAAACCCAAUCGAUGGAUGACGAUUGCACAAAGACGACAAAGCAGGGAGUGGAAAUACUACAUUGCUGCUGAGGAAAUUGUCUGGGACUACGCACCUACCACGCAAGAUCAUAUUGAUGAGGACUUCAAGCGCCAGUACUUGAGUCAGUCAGCAACACGCAUAGGUGGGAAGUACAAGAAGGUGGUGUACACUCAGUACAAAGAUGAGACGUUCACUGAGAGGUCGGAGUCCCAGCAGAGGAAAAAUGAGCUGGGUAUCUUGGGCCCAGUGAUCAGAGCGCAAAUCAGAGAUGUCAUCACGAUUGUUUUUAAAAACAAGGCCUCCAGGCCCUACAGUAUCUACCCACAUGGACUGACAAUAGAGAAAUCCCAAGAAGGAGUCAACUAUCCAGAGGGAGGAAACCAUUCUCAUGGCGUUCAGCCAGGUGAGACACACACCUAUGUGUGGAAAGUGCUCGAAGAGGAUGAGCCUUUGGAGGAAGAUGCCCGAUGUCUGACGCGACUGUACCACAGUGCAGUGAACACACCACGUGACAUCGCCUCCGGACUGAUCGGGCCGAUGCUCAUCUGCAAGAGUCAGUCCCUCAAUGUCAGGAAUGUGCAGCUGAAAGCAGACAAAGAGCAGCAUGCCGUUUUUGCCGUCUUCGAUGAGAACAAGAGUUGGUAUCUGGAGGAUAACAUUCGCCAAUAUUGUGAUCGAUCUAAAGUCAACAGAGAAGACCCGGAAUUUUAUAAAUCCAAUAUCAAGCACACCAUUAACGGUUAUGUCUUUAAGAACAACCCACCCUUGGGAUUCUGCAAUGGUGAGGUUGCGACAUGGCACGUGUCCAGCAUUGGUGCACAGGACUACAUCCAGACAGCUACCUUCUACGGCCACACAUUUGAGCUGAAUGAGAGAACAGAGGACUUCCUAAGCCUCUACCCCAUGACUGGGGAGACCAUCACAAUGAAAAUGCUCAACACUGGUGUCUGGCUUCUUGCUUCCCUGAGUUCGCAUGAGACAACUAAAGGAAUGCGUAUAAAGUUUCAGGAUGUUGAGUGCUUUCGUGACUACCAGUAUGAAUACGAAGAUGGUUCAUCACCAAACGAGUUUAAUGUGUGGAAGCCCCCAAGCUUCAACGACAUCAAAGAAACGAAAAAGAAGGAGCCAGAGCCUGUUAAAGCAACAGCAGUGGAUCCAGAUAUCGACACAGAUAUGUUUGCAGAAGAACUGGGUCUCAGGUCUCUGAAGAACCAGUCUACUGACUCAGAUAUGGAGAGGUUGGACCUCUCUUUCCUUGAUUACGGUGCCGUGAAUGUGCUUGACAGAGAUAUGAACAACACCCUUGAUUUCAAGGAGACAAAGAGUGAACCAGAGACUGCUACCACAAAGCCAGAUGCACUAAAUCAGAUUUGGUUUCUUAUGUGGAAAGUCUUGAACAUUACAGCUGCUUAUUUGCAGGACCAAAGCGCUACUGAGAACGCAACGCACGUACAGAACAGCAGCACACCGUCGACACAGUCUGCCUCGGACAAUUCCACUCUGUAUCAAGCAGGGAACCCAACUGUUCUGAAUAGCCACAAUGUGUCACUACAGAAUUACAGUACAACUGGAAAUGGCAGUGCUUCUGAUAAUGUCACUGUUUCUGGCACAAAGAAUGCAACGCUUCACAAAACUACAGCAUCAUCUAUGACUGGAAAUACAGCUGCAGAGACUACCCAUCUCACCAUAGCAUUGCAAGAGCCAACCAAUCUCACUGCAGCAUUGCCAGGAAAUUCAAGUUACAUUUUAGAAAGGGAAAGAGUAAAUGUAACAGUGACUGUUGAUAUCGAGGAGAUGGUACCGGACUUCGAGGAGAAACACACCAGAGGGGAUGUGUUCUCUUACUCUGUGCCUCUGUCAGAGCCUGGCAUUAACAGUCUCAAUAACAGCCUAAACAGCAGUUUAUCAGCUGACACUCUGUUAGACAGUGCAAAAGUGGAAGACGAGAAUAACACAGCAAUAAAACAUAUCAACAUCUCAGCAGAGGGAACAAACCAUUUGUUGUCAGUUCCAGAGGCAGAUGCUCAGGAAGUCAGCAGCAGCAGCACAGAAAGAAACAACUUAACCGACUUGGAAUUGGUUGAUAGCGUAGAUAAUAAAACCAGUGACAAUAACACUUUUGUUAGCGCAGAAGAGCUGGAGUACAAACUUCAAAUCAGUCUCGAAGUUGUUCCAACCAAUUCCAGCUUGGAAAAUGUGACCCAUAUUUUGCUUGAGAAUGAGCAAAAUGUCACAGUGAAUGCAUCCAGAUCAGACCUGUCAGGGAUGAGCAGUAUGGAGCGUGACGAGAACGUCACAGCGCUUCUUGACAAGUUUACCAACACAUCAUUGGGAAGUCUGUCUAAUGACACUGUAGUUUCAGCUAACCUGUCCCUCUUUGGUGUUACAGUAAAAAGCACCAGUUCUGAAGAGCGAUACUCCUCUGAGAGCAGUGAGGUGCUUAUCUAUCUUAAGGAAAACCAUACAGAGGCUAUUAAAACCACCUUGGUCAAAUUACAAGGUCACAACUGGACUUACGAAGGAAUUUAUCAAACAGUCCCCGAGGAAAUGCCUGAUCACAUGAAGAAAUUCUUUGAGAAAGGAACCCUCCCUCAAACAACAGCACCUCCAAAGAAGAAACGUAGGACUGUGAUCCGUCGGCAGAGACCUGAGCAGGGCCAUGGUAUGAAAACAAGAAGAAAGAAGGAAUAUAAGCCUCAGGCCCGGACUGGUUUACCAUUCUCUCCUCGUGGAUUUAAUCCAGGAAUGACCCCUCGUGGGUCGCGGCCCCACACACCACAAUCUGAAGUGGAUGAGGACCAUCUCAUUAACAUGCCCGUUGUUAUUGGUGUACCUCGGCCUGAUUUCAGUGACUAUGAGCUAUAUAUUCCCGGGGAAGAGCCAGAUCACCUAGGGCUAGAAAAACAAGACAUCAAUGCUAAUGAAUAUGAGUAUGUGAUGUACAAAGACCCCUACAGUGAUCGUGAAGAUAUCAAGAACCUUAACCUAGAUGAGACCACCAAAUAUUACUUACAAAUGUUUGGCUCCAACAUCAAAGCUUAUUUUAUUGCUGCCGAGGAGGUUCAAUGGGACUACGCAGGCUAUGGGCACAGGAGGCAAGAAAAGUCUGAACUAAUCAGCCGAGAAACUAAGUUCACUAAGGUGGUUUUCCGAGGCUACAUGGAUAGUAGCUUCCAAACGCCCGACAUCCGUGGGGAGAUAGAAGAGCAUCUCGGCAUCCUGGGGCCUGUCAUCAAAGCAGAGGUCGGACAAAGCAUCAUGGUGGUGUUCAGGAACAAUGCCAACCGUCCAUAUUCUAUACACCCUAAUGGGGUGUCCUAUACCAAGAGGACAGAGGGUCUGUCCUAUGAGGAUGACUCCACGUACUGGUUCAAAUAUGACAAUGAGGUUCAACCCAAUAGCACCUUUACUUAUUUAUGGAAAGUUGAGCAUGCAGUUGGGCCAAAACCAGAAGAGUCUGACUGCCGUACCUGGGCCUACUAUUCAGGCGUUAAUCCUGAAAGGGAUAUCCACUCCGGCUUGAUCGGGCCUUUGCUGGUGUGUCGAGAGGGAACCUUGGACAAGACGUUAACAAAUACGAGAGAAUUCACAUUACUUUUCAUGACCUUUGAUGAGUCGCAGAGCUGGUACUACGAGAAGAACCGCGAUAUAAUGCAAAGGAAAAGGCGAAGGAAAAUCAUGGAUCCCAACUUGAAGGAGAACUUAAAGUUCCACUCCAUCAAUGGAAUUGUACACAGCCUGAAGGGCCUGAGGAUGUACACCAACCAGCUCGUGACCUGGCACCUCAUCAACAUGGGUUCUCCCACUGACUUUCAUAGUGUCCACUUCCAUGGGCAGACAUUUAUCCACAAGAAGACCACCAGCUAUAGACAGGCUGUCUACCCACUGCUGCCUGGGGGGUUUGCUACUCUGGAGAUGUAUCCAUCCAAACCUGGCCUCUGGCAGCUGGAGACAGAAGUUGGCUUUAACCAACAGAAGGGCAUGCAGACGCUCUUUCUGGUUCUAGAUAAUGACUGCUAUCGUCCACUGGGUCUAGAAUCGGGCAGUGUGAAGGACAACCAGAUCACCGCAGUCAACACUAGAGGAUACUGGGAGCCCCAUCUUGCCAGAUUGAACAAUCAGGGUAAAUACAAUGCGUGGAGCACAGAGAAGAACAACAGCUUUAUUCAGGUAGACUUUCAGCGGCCAGUUGUGAUCAGCCAGGUGGCGACACAGGGAGCCAAGCAGAUGUUCUACUCCCAGUAUGUGGUCAAAUACUUAAUCUCCUACAGCAACGACCGCCGGAGCUGGAUCUUCUACAAAGGUGACAGCAAGGGCUACAGAAAGGUAUUCACUGGUAACCAGGAUGCCUAUGAGAAGCAGAUAAACACCUUCUUUCCUCCCAUGGUGGGACGGUUCAUUAGGCUUCACCCCAUUGAGUGGUACAACAUGGCCACAGUCCGCAUGGAGUUCUACGGCUGUGAGCUUGAUGGCUGCUCAGUGCCUCUCGGGAUGGAAAGUGAAGACAUACUGAACGACAGCAUCACAGCCAGCUCUACAGCAACUAGCUGGUACGCUGGACCCUGGAAGCCGUCACUCGCACGCCUCAACAGACAGGGUGCCAUCAACGCAUGGCGGGCCAAGAACAAUGACAUGAACCAGUGGCUUCAGGUAGAACUGCCUCACAUUAAGAAGAUCACAGGUAUCAUAACACAGGGAGCCAAGUCUCUGGGGAAAGAGAUGUACGUCAUCUCCUACACUCUGCAGUACAGCGACGAUGGGACAGAGUGGAAGGACUACACGGAUAAUGAAGAUGAGCCUGCCAAGGUUUUCCUGGGAAAUACAAAUAACAACGACCACCUAAAGAACUACAUCUACCCUCCCAUUUUCUCUCGCUUCAUCCGAAUCAUCCCCAAAAGUUGGAUGAACUCCAUCACCAUGAGAAUCGAGCUACUGGGAUGUGACUUUGAGUGAUAAUAGAUAAUAGAUAAUGCAGGUCAGGUCAAGCAGGCACAUAAACAUAGAAAUAAAUGCACAGAAAGCCAAAAAAGCACUUACAGUGUAGGUCCAGAUACAAGCACAUCCACCCUCACAUAUACAGCCACCAAUAAAGUAGGUCACACAACGUACAUUAAUCAAAUCACAGCUAACGUGAAAACACACACACACUUGUUGCUUAGACUAUUUGGUAAAUUCAUCAUAUAGUUUGAGUAACUCAGUGAAUUAGGACUUUUUUUUUUUCUUUUUGCUCAACUUGGAAGUUGCAGUCAAGCAGAAAACAAAGCAUUUACAAAUAAUAUCAUAAAGCACUUAAAUUUCCAAAUAUAUUUCAGGUUGAGAUGAGUGAGUAAGAGUUUUAUGUUUUUGGAAUACUGCUUGUAGUUUAAAGUGUUUCUGUGGUAUUUUGUCUAUCAGAAAUAAAUCCUGAUUAAUGUAAAUAUGUAAGCAAA